AUGCCAGACGCAUCAUCAAAGAGCCCGACUACCAAGCUCGUGGCCGUCCGCAAGUUCGUCGAACCUCAAUAUCUAGAGCCACCUUUCAGUACAUGUCAGAACGAACUGGAUGCGCCAAUGGAGGUCUGGCGGCCUAUCCACCUCAAUUGUAUACAAUUAGCUGAUGAGGUAGACCCCGUUGGUGACGGAGCUAUGGCUUUGUACAUCUACGCUGUGGGAGCGCCAUUCGAGACUAUCCUGAACAACUACAUGAUCACAUCACAGGCGAUUCAUCCUCCCGGCGUGGGUUCUGUGUCCAAUGGCACCUUGACGGGAGUGACCACGAAUGGCAGCUUGGAGCUGGCUUGGGCGUUACAGGAUACAUGA